AUAAAUUGAUAAAAUAAAAGUAAAUAAAAACUAGGCGUGAAAUUUCCUUAACCGUCCAAUUGCCACCACACUCCACAGACUGAUCUGUCCCGUUUCGUUUCCCCAUUUUCAGCGUCUCACUUGCAAAGCCUCAGUUUCUCUCUUCUUAUUGCCCACUCUCCAGUCCACAUCCACAAACUACAGCACUUCCCUCCUUACUGUUAGCCGGUAAGUUUCCCUUCUCCUUCUCUACUCUUCCCAUCCCAUUUCCGGCCGCCGGGAGUUCUUGUUUUCCCUCAAAUUUCUGUAGAUUCUGACAAAUAACUGCCUCCCCACGCAGGAAGUGUGACGCUUCCCAAAUGCAGGAGUAGGAUUCGUGCCGGUACUGGUUCGUGGUUAUCAGCCGGUAUUAGGAAUUGGGUUUCUGUUAACGUCAUCAAUUUUACUUCAUUGUCUUCUGUUGAUUUGUGGGGCGUCUUUGCUAUUCGAUCCAAUCACAAUGGCGUCUUCGAUUGUGAAUGGAGCUGAAAACUUCGCUCUCCUUAGAGGGUUUCGCAUAUCUCCACGAGGGUUAGGCAUAGUGGGUUCAGAUUUGCAGGGGAAGAGCUUCCCCAAAUUGAAUCUAGUCUCUGUCAAUAGGAUGUCUAGGUGUGCAACAAUGGCGCCUAAGUGCAGCCUAUCUGCCUCCAGACCUGCUUCCCAGCCCAGGUUUAUACAGCACAAGCAGGAGGCAUUCUGGUUUUACAGAUUCCUGUCUAUUGUCUAUGACCAUGUGAUAAACCCUGGCCACUGGACCGAGGACAUGAGGGAUGAUGCCCUCGAGCCUGCUGACCUCAGUGACCGGAGAAUGAUUGUGGUGGAUGUCGGUGGUGGUACUGGUUUCACCACUCUAGGGAUUGCGAAGCACGUUGAUGCAAAAAAUAUCACCAUUCUGGAUCAGUCUCCACAUCAGCUGGCAAAGGCCAAGCAGAAGGAGCCUCUAAAGGAAUGUAAGUUUGUUCUAGGUGACGCUGAAGACCUACCCUUUAAGACUGAUUAUGCGGAUAGAUAUGUUUCUGCUGGGAGUAUUGAGUACUGGCCUGACCCACAGCGUGGAAUCAGAGAGGCAUAUAGGGUCUUGAAGCUGGGGGGAAAAGCAUGUCUAAUUGGUCCAGUUUAUCCUACAUUUUGGUUGUCUCGCUUCUUUGCGGAUGUCUGGAUGCUCUUCCCAACGGAGGAAGAGUACAUAGAGUGGUUUACGAAGGCUGGCUUUAAAGAUGUUCAGCUGAAGAGGAUUGGCCCAAAGUGGUAUCGCGGUGUUCGUCGGCAUGGACUUAUCAUGGGAUGUUCUGUCACAGGUGUUAAACCUGCAUCUGGAGAUUCUCCUUUGCAGCUUGGUCCGAAGGCUGAGGAUGUGUCAAAGCCAGUAAAACCGUUUGUGUUCUUGAUGCGCUUCCUUUUGGGUGCCAUGGCUGCAACAUAUUAUGUAUUGGUGCCAAUCUACAUGUGGAUCAAAGAUCUGAUUGUGCCCAAAGGUAUGCCCAUCUAAGGAGAAGAAGAGUCUUUUGAGUUGUAUCUUCGUAUGUGCUCUUCUUUCCACACUUGUGAACCUUUCUUUGAGAUGUUGUGCGGUUUCGGAAGCUGUCAAAGUAGUUGCCACUUCUGGGAUCACAUGAAUGAUGUAGCCUAUCUUUCUCAGAACGAAAGUCACACUAGCUAUUUAAUGUAAAGCAGGCUAAUAAGUUCUUUCAUGUCUCUUCAUUGUUGAAUAUCAUAUGGUGAAUUCAUCAACGAUAUACCAAGCUAGGCAUUAUAACACUGUCUAACAGAUGCAUUGAUCUAUCAGAGUUGGAAGGAAUUUUUUUUUUAGACCUUUUAUGAACAGCACAAAGGUAGAUCUGAUUUCUAGAGAAGACUAACUAUUGAGUUGUCAAAGUGUGUUCUCAGCCCAAAUGGAAGUACAAGUAGGGCUGGAAGUUUGGUACCGGUAUUUGGGAUAUACCGAAUACCGUACCGAAUUUAUCACUAUUUGGUAUUACCGAAUACCGAUUUAUUUUUUAGGGAUUAGGAUUGGGAUUCGUUUUAGAGUGCUAUUCGGUAUUCGGGAUUACGAGAUUGAGAUCGGUAUAUACCCGAUACUGAAAAUACCGAAAAUUAAAAAUUAAUUAAAUAUAGCACACAACGCUUA